AUGAACAUCCUCGAGCAUGAUUACCCCAACGAAGAACACUGGUUCGUCUACGACAACACCACCAUUCACCGCAAGCGCGCAGAUGACACACUGUCCGCGCACACCAACUUCGGCAUCAAGAAGACGGUCACCGACGCCAAGGGAAAUGUGCUUCACGAGCUCAAAAUGACAGUCUGGCUGCCUAUGAAGGAUACGUCAUACACGAAGGUGGGUCCGGAUGGCAAGACCCUCAGGGUGACGCAGUGUCUCUAUCAUCCCUUAGAUCCGGAGCACCCGGACUUGCCUGGUCGCUUCAAGGGGAUGGCUGAGUUCCUGCCCGAGCGUGGAUUUCGCGAAGAGGCUGGCCUUCUCUGCGACGCUCGCGGUUUUUGUGUCCUGUUCCUUCCGAAGUUCCAUUGCGAGCUCAACUUCAUUGAGCAGGCAUGGGGCGCUGCUAAACACGCUUACCGCAUGUAUCCGGCGUCGUCUUCGGAGGAGGACCUGGUUCGCAACGUGCACACUGCACUGGAUACAGUCUCCCUAGAGACGAUGCGCCAGUGA